GGCUGUACGCCACCUUCGAGCGGCCCUUUAAAAGUUGGCAACGUAUCGUGUGCAACCAGCUACACCAUUGCAGCUGUGCAAACGACUGAUGUAUCGUGUGCAACGUAUCUUUUGCUGCUAACCCCCUCCAAUCUAUACACAUGAGUUGUCCCCUCGCUUGCCCAGCGGUGCCGUUAGCUUCGUUCUCCUCGGAGCGCUCUUCUUUCUCAUCGCACCCCCAUCAUGGCUGCCAAGGAGUCGCUUGCCCAACGGUGCCAUCAGCUUUGUUCUCCUCGUCGCCAUCAUUGCCGCCAAGGAGCCGCCUCCCAGGAGCCUCGCUGCUCCUCCAUGUAGUGAAUUGUUUGGACUUUGCACUAAUCCAACGAUGAAAUGUUCUAAUCAGGGCGGCCGCUUGGCGACAAUGAUGGGGGACGAGGAGAAGAGCACUCCGAGGAGAACGAAGCUGGGCGGUGCCGUUGGCGACAAUGAUAGGGGACGAGAAGAGCGCUCCAAGGAGAACGAAGCCGCCGUUGGGUCAGCGAGGGGAUGGCUCGUGCGCAUAGAUUGGAGGGGGUCAACAGCAAAAAGACAUUGUGCGACCGCAGAGUUUGGAUGCUCCUGCCUAUGCAAGCAAGAUGUCAACCACCAGAGAUAUUGUUUAGUGCUGGGCAAGUUAUGCAAUUUUGGAUCAUAAAUUACACAGGGACAAGAUAAUUAUGGACCGCGCAGACACAUCAGGCUUUGUCAGUGGUGGUUGCUUUGGUACUACACUCCUGCUGAUAUUCUUCCAUUUUGUCUAUUCUACGAUCCAUGUCUGAAAGACCCUCAGGAACCCUGCAGCUGUCUGGGCAGAAAUAUCAUCAGGCCCCUGUUCUUUGAGAUCUCUGGUGUUUUAUCUCAUUUUGUUUUCCACCAUUGUUAUAUUGUCUCAACUGUGAUGGAUAACGGCUUCAUGGACAUCCCUCAUCCGCCUCUGGUGAAUGACCCCUUUGUGUUAGUGGGAUGCCCAGCGCCAGCCUCCACGAUGGAGAACAUGGGCCAAAGCACAAUCUGUAUGGAUGGCCUGAACCCAGCAAUGGUUAGUUGCAGCCAUGUUAAUGGAAACACACAUAUAAUGAACGGCUUAACAGCAAGAGAUGAUGGCAGCAGGUUACUCCUUGGUUUGGGCCCAACACCGAAUUUUUAUUCUGCAGUGUCCACGGGCUCAAAACAAGCUCAGAGAUUGUCUGGCCAGAGUUCAACUUCCAUUGAUUCAGGGAUGCUGAAGCUUGGCCUUCAGACGGAUGACAGGGAAGCAAUUCAAUAUCUGCAACAAGCACCGAAUGGAGCACUCCAUUCUUUAGAUAUUGUUGACGAGGCUUCAACAUCUGCUGCUGUAAGGAACAUGGGUGGUUACAUGCCAUCCCUACUCUUUGCUCCCUGCUCCAAUUCUAUUGCCAAUGAGACACAAGUAGAAAACCAAGAUUCUCUAGACCUCACGCACAGCACCAGCAACAGUCAGCACCUUCAACAUGACCUCCAGCUCAGCCCCGAACCUUCUGCAACGACCGAGUCAUCAUUUGGUAUGAGUUCUGAUGUUGUCACUGCAACAACUACAUCAGAGCGUAGCCAUUCCCGACAUCCUAAGAAAUGCAGGUUUAAGGGAUGUUCCAAAGGUGCAAGAGGAGCAUCAGGAUUGUGUAUUGCUCACGGAGGUGGGCAGAGAUGUCAUAAACCUGGAUGCCAUAAAGGUGCCGAGAGCAGCUCCGCGUACUGCAAAGCCCACGGUGGCGGUCGUCGGUGUGAGGAGCUUGGUUGUACCAAAAGCGCGGAAGGAAAAACAGAUUAUUGCAUCGCUCAUGGUGGAGGCUGCCGCUGCCAACAUCCUGGCUGUCCUAAAGCUGCCCGGGGUAAGUCUGGGCGGUGCAUCAAGCACGGUGGUGGGAAGAGGUGCUCGGUUAAAGGUUGCAUCAGGAGCGCUGAGGGGAAGGCUGGGCUGUGCAUUUCUCAUGGCGGCGGCCGACGGUGCCAGUAUCCUGAUUGCGGCAAGGGGGCUCAGGGCAGCACAUUGUACUGCAAGGGGCAUGGUGGCGGCAAGAGGUGCAUCUUUGAUGGUUGCAGCAAAGGCGCAGAGGGUAGCACACCUCUGUGCAAAGCACACGGUGGUGGGAAACGAUGCAUGUUUGAAGGAGGCGGCGUCUGUGCAAAAAGCGUGCACGGGGCUACUGAAUACUGCGUGGUGCAUGGAGGAGGGAAGCGCUGUUCCGUGCCCGGCUGCACCAAAAGUGCCCGUGGCCGCACUGACUGCUGUGUGAAGCACGGUGGCGGCAAGCGGUGCAAGGUUGACAGCUGUGGCAAGAGCGCCCAGGGGAGCACGCACUUCUGCAAAGCCCAUGGCGGAGGGAAGCGGUGCACAUGGAGCACAGGCUGCGAAAAGUUCUCCCGUGGCAAGAGUGGCUUCUGUGCAGCACAUGGUACCUUGAUGGCCAGGCAGCGAGAAGAAGAGGUGGUGAAGAAUGUAGGGAGCAUGAUUGGACCAGGUCUCUUCAGCGGCAUUGUGGCGUCAUCUGCCACCGCAGCAAGCAGCAUGACGAACGAGCACUCGGCCUCUGGUGUCAGCACCGCUUCCGACUGUGACGGCACGGUGAGGAGCCAAUCAAUGAUUCCUCCGCUGGUGCUGGUUCCUCGCUCUAUGAUGCCUUCAUGGUCGACUGAGCCUGUAGAUGGAGGCAGAGAGGGAGGUCAUGUUGUUCCUGAGGGGAGGGUCCAUGGUGGUGGCCUACUGUCACUUCUCGGUGGCAGCUUCAGGGACGCCGACGUGGAAAAGCUUUGAAGAUUUUGUCAGUUUGUUUGUACAUAAACAGGCCGCGUUCCCGCCUAUAGAAUUGUUAUUGUGCCUUUUCUUGUCUAGAUAAACAUUUCAACCUUCAUGUACCGGUUAAAUCAAUACUGGUUUAGUCCAUUGUAAAGUGGUGACUGUCAAUUGUCGUGAACACUUUUAGCUUGUUGGUUCGGUUCGGUUGUAGUCUGUCUGUUUGUGCGUAUUCUUAAGAAACUCGUCUGGACUUUCUAUUGCAAAUUGUCGAAUGUCAAUUUUCUGAAA